UGGCAAAAAGAAUGCAAGGAGAAAAAGUGGCAAAAAGAUCCUCUUUGGGAAACAUGGUGAGAAAGGGGUUUUCAGACAUUACUAAUACUUUGCCACGGCCCAAGUCUCCAAUCAUACCUGGAAAGUCGCAGCCAGAUUCUGCUUCUGCUAAAGACUACAUCGAUAAUCUAGUCAAGGAAAAUAUGGCCAUGGUGAAGCUUAUUCAAGAGAAAAAUAAAAUUGUAGAAUUGACUGGAAUUGAGAUUCAGAAUUUGAGAGCUUGUCUUCAAAAAAUGCAGCUGCAGAACUGGAAUCUUGCUCAAUCAGAUAGUCAUAUGUUAGCGGAACUUAAUUUGGGUAAAGAAAGGUUAAAAGCGUUACAGCAUGAGAUUGGGUGUAAGGAAGCACUUCUUAGAACAAAGAAUCUUGAACUUAAUGUAAGUUCAUUUUUUCAGUCAAUAGUACAAUGAAAUGUUAUUUGAAAUGCUUCUCCAUUCUGUGAUUGAAA